CUGUUUGGCCACAGUGAAUGUUCAUAUGUGUUUUAUUUCGGGAUAUUCCAUCGUGUUAGAAAAGUGUGUAACGUAAACCUGCAACUAAUUUAGCGGCCAUAUUUGUAGACGGUCGUCGGUGUUCUUUCUGUAUAUCGUAUUUCUUUAGUAAAUAACUUUAAUUUUCCUUAAUUAUUCUCGAAUCUUAUUUAAUUUUUACAUUUAAUAAAUUUCUAACAAAAAUGCUCCCUUAAAUAUUGCGUCUUGUGUGUUUGUCCUACGAAUACAAUCAAUUUCCGUACACUCGUUUACAAUUUGAUUUUAGUUUGAAUUGCUAAAUAAAAAUAACAAUUGAAGAUAUUGUGAGGUGUAACAAUGUCUAACGUUGGCUAUGACCUCGAUACUUCAGGCGGGCUUAUGCCGCUCAUUCGUGCCUUGAUAAAGCCACCUGACGAGGACGUGAACACCCAGAAGCCGAAGAAGCCGCAACAUCCGUAUUAUAAGAGGCCUGGUAAGGGCCAUAAUCAUGAUUCUUGCGACGCGUGUGGGGAAGGCGGCGAUCUUAUAUGUUGCGACCGUUGCCCCGCUAGUUUCCACCUCGGAUGCUAUGAUCCGCCGUUGGAUGAGAAUGAUAUUCCAGCGGGUUUGUGGCUGUGCAAGGAGUGCCGGGCUGCUGAUGAGAACAAGCCCGCGAGCUCCCGUAGUAGCAGAGCUCAGUCACCCGCUGACAACAAGUCUGAUAUGGAGAAGAAAUCUGGCUUACGUAACCGCUCCAACUCUAAGAAGACUAAGGAAGAAGAGAUGGAAAUAAAGCAGGAAGUGGAGAAAGAACUGUCUCCGAUGGAGAUCCUAGUAAAGGCUGCAAAGAUAAUGAACCCGAAGCAGUUCGAACUACCCCGGGAGAUGAGGAUACCGUGCAUAUUCCCAGGAACUGACAAAGAUCCAGGUAAGAACGGCAACAGUUCCCUGGUGACGGUGGACGCGUGGGGCUGCGUGCCGCUGCCGGCCAAGGCCUGCUUCGUGUGCCAGGGGACCUGCAAGCACGCGCCGCUACUGCAGUGUGACUACUGUCCCUUGCUGUUUCAUCAGGAUUGCUUGGACCCCCCACUGACAGCACUGCCGACCGGACGCUGGAUGUGUCCCAAUCAUGUAGAACAAUACAUUGAUUGGAAGCUAGUGAACUCAAUAUCAGCGACGGAGCGCGUGGCUCUGUGGGAGAAGUUCUCCGGUCCGGUAGACCAGCAGGCUGUGAAGGUGGACUUCAUUCGAAGGGCCAGGAAGGUCCGCCCUGCGUUCCGUAUGAAGGUCCCGGUGGCGAUGCGCGGCCGCGUGGUGGUCCCUGCGAUGGUCCGCCAUCAUUAUGCGCACCCGCCGCCGCUGCUGCCCAGUCGCAGGGAGUACGUGCGCUGCAGGAACGUGCUAAAAAACCUGAAGAACAGUGGUAACUAUGAGAUGAGCGAGGAGGAGGACGACGAUGGUCCGAAGCACAAGAUCUGCCUGAACACCGCGUGUCCCCAGUACAGCGGGGGCCGCUGCGGCUGCGAGGGCGGAGCCCUACACACCGAGCUGCAGGCCGCCACGCCACAGGACGCCGCCGACGAUCUGCAUGCUAUCAGUGCUGAGCCUGUUUCUAAGCCAGAAGUACGAUCAGACUCGGACAGUGAUCUAUCUGACUCGGACUUCGAGUAUCUGACAGCGGCAGUGAAGCGACGCAAGGUGUCCCAGUCCGAAGACAAGUCUCCCAACAAACGUGGCAGGACUGACAGACUCGAGCUGAGGCCGGAGGGAGACGUCGAGGAGUUACUCAAUGUUGUAGACAACCAGCUCAAGAAGUUGGAUGAACGACUUGUGAAGCUGCUGGCGUGGCAGAGAUUGCAGCAGGUCCUGGCGGGCGAGCAGGCGGCGGGGUCGUGGCGCGGCAGCGGCGUGCCGGGCGGAGUGGCGCGCGCCGUGGGCGGCUGCGUGGAGCGCGCGCGCCUGGCGCGCCUGGGCGUGCUGCGCGCCGUGCGGCCCUCCGAGCUGCUGUCGCCCGCCGACCGCGCGCGCAUCGCCGCCCGCGUCUGGGGCGCCGCGCCGCCGCCCAUACCGCCCGCCCCGCCCUCGCCCGGGCACUCGCUCAGCGCCGCCGCCGUCAGGGCCACGCUCUGCGCCAUUACACGCCCGGACAGAAAUGGUGUAGGCGACGGUCUCGGUCGUCCGAUCCCGAUGCGUCUAUCGUCCCUAAGCAUCGGUUCCGACAGCGGCUGCGACGUCCGCCUCGACCCCAGCGCCUGCCAGCAUGUGUCAAGGAACCACGCUGUUAUAUUUAUGGAUGAGGUGAGCCGCCACUUCGAGUUGAUAAACUAUUCGGAGUGGGGGUCCUGUGUGAAUGGAGUGCUGUAUACUUGCGACGUGUUGAGGGCGGGCGCCGCCGGGGCGGAGCCCGAGCCCGGGCAGGCGGGGCAGGGAGCGCAGCCCGACCUACAGGACUCCGAGCUCAGGGCCGACGCCCUGCGACACAUCGUCAGGCAUCGACUUACUGAACCACUCCGAAUAAACGGCAACCUAACAGUUCCCCUCCCGGGCGAGGCGUCGUGUCGGUGCGCCCGGGCCCCGCGCGGCAGUGAGGGCGCGUGGGAGGGCUCGGCCCUCGUCCCUCACGGCGCACUGCUGCAGUUCGGCUGCCAGACCUUCGUGUUCAGCAUCACUGAUGCACUCUCACUGCCUGAAGAUACCUCCGAGGAUCCACUAUAGCCCGGAGACUAUCUAACUUUAUAUUAUGUAAGCAAUUAAGCAUGGUGUUUGUCAAGUUUAGACUUUAUUUUCUACUACCGUAAUACUCUUUACAAUGGUUGCAGAAUGAGGUGUAUGAUUGAAAUAAAUAAUGUAAUCUCGUGUGUCAAUUACUUGUUAGUUUGUACAUUUGUUGACUUUAUUAUCAAAAUGUUUAAUGUUUUAUCAAUUCUUGCUUAUUAAAGAAGAAGUGAUAUGAUAAUAUGUUGAUGGUUAUAGGUGCAGAAAUAUGGUUAUUUCGGCACUUUAGUUAGUUUAGUUAGUGUCUAUACUCCAUACAUAAUGUGUUCAUUAUAUAGUAUAGUAAGUUUGGCAGUGUUUCACCCCUGUGGCUCGGAGAGUACGUGUCACCGUUGGUCCUGCACCUUAGCUCUCCCCGGUGGUUUUAGUGUAUGUCCCAUUGUUCAGAGAUUGAGAGAACAGAGAGUGCACCUGUGUUUGUGCACAAGUGUGUGCACUAUAAUAUUUCCUGUGUGGCCUAGUCUAGUUAGACAGACUGGCCAAUUGUGAUCGAAGUCCAUCGGGAAUUUUUAGUAAAUUUUCUUGUAUAAUAUGCUUUAUCCAGUAAUUUUCAUUGCUAAAACCUGGACUUAGCAACUAUUUCUCCAUGAGAGGUAAUCCUUAUUUCCAUACCAAGUACUGAUCUAGGUUUCAAUAUACUGAAAAGUGUAUUUACUAUUUCUUUCUAGAAGUAAAUAGUAAGAUGAAUGUGUGCUUCCGAAAACCGACAUAACCCCAUUGAGUUUUUACGGACUUCAUGACUUGUAAAUUAUCAGACGACACAUUAUAUUAUGUGUUGUAACAUUAAAGUACAUAUAUUCUGUAGUAAAUGAAUGAUAACCUUGAAUAAAUGACUGUUAGAUGUUAAUGGUGACAAUUUGAUUUGCAUAAGUUAUAUGCAGUGUAUUCUAAUAUUGUAAAUGCGAAAGUUUGUCUGUUUGUCCUUCAAUAACGAUGAAACUACUGAAAGGAUUUUGAUGAAAUUUGGUAUACAGACAGGGUAUGAGUUGACUUGGGUGAUAGAAUACUUUUGAUCUACGGGAACGCGGGCGAAGACGUUGGUAGAAGCUCGUAGGAUAUAAUUAUGACUAAUUUGAUAGGUAUGUUAUAUAUACCACUGGCUCAUAAGGAAAAACCUCCAUAAAUCGGUAGUAGAUUAUAACGUCUAUACUAUCAGUUCAUUAAGUAAUAUCAAUGCAUUAUAUAUUAUGUAAACAUUAUGUUUAAUCCUUAGUCUAAUUAUACUGUGGUUAUGAAUGCAAUGUUUAUAUUACUCGACAAUAUCUUAGUUCUUUACUGUGUUGGAUAUUGUAAUGUAUGCUAAAUGCCAGGUUUAGGAACAUAUCUGUUGGUAGAUUACUAUUGGAGAUAGAAUUUGGGCAGAUUUUGUGCGAAGAUACUGUCGAAAUUAAUAAUCAAUUUCAUCUAAAGUCUGGAUCAGUCUAGAACAGGAGUUCCCAGUUUAUUUCCUGGUCAAGGACCUUUUUUAUGUGAUCCCACUCUCCCAAUCUAAUAUCUCCCAUCUUGGCAGGGUCGCCAUGCAAUGUGGAGACUUUAGGAGCAAUUGAAGACGUUGUUCUUAUGAUUAUACUAAAUUACGCUACUAAUAAGGGCGAGGUGUCACACACACUACAUUCUCAUUGACU